AUUUCCGAAAACGCUUCUGAAUAUCUGCUGACCAAACUCAGACUAAAAAAGGAAGAUGUUUAAUUCAAGAUGCUGAUUAUAAGACACCAUUCAGGAGAGAUAAAAGCUGAUCAUAAAAUGUUUGCCCAGACAUCUAUCUCUAAAAUGAGUCUUGGUGUGUCUAUGAAGAGUGAGAACUCAAUGUAUCAAGCCCCUAACAUCAGUAAUGAAGCAGUGACCUCUGACACCAGAAUGAGACAGACAGCAGCAUCUACAGUGUCCAGCUGUGUGUCUAUGAAAAGUAAUGAGUCUAUUUGUCAUCCUCCUGAUCUCAGUAAUAGAACAGUGAUUUCUAAAACCAGAGUGAGACAGACAGGAGCAUCUCCAGUAUCCAGCUGUGUGUCUAUGAAGAGUAAUGAAUCUGUUGUUCAGCCUCCUGAUCUCAAUAAUGGAACAGUGACCUCUGACCCUGUACUAGGACAUGUGGCUGAAGGUGACAUAUUGUCUUUCAUUCAGUUUGAUGUGAGAAGCAGCAGGGAAGGGAGUGAUGAACACGAUCUGGUGAAAUCUGUGAAUCAUCUGACCGGUGCUUCCUUAGUGAAGAAUCACCAGAGAAUCAAAGACACUCACAAAACAUACAUGAAGAAUAAGUAUGAGAGCUUAUUUGAAGGAAUCAAAUUACAAAAGUAUAAAACCCUGCUGAACAGGAUUUACACACAGCUGUACGUCAUAGAAGGAGAGAGUGAAGGAGUGAACAAAGAACAUGAGAUUGUACAGAUGGAGAAAACACAGAGACUACAACACUCUCAAGACACUCCAAUCUACUGCAAUGACAUCUUUAAACCCUUACCUGAACCAGGAUAUGAGAAGAAAGACCUAAUCAAGACUGUUCUUACUCAAGGCAUUGCCGGAAUUGGAAAAACUGUCUCUGUGCAGAAGUUCAUUCUGGAUUGGGCAGAGGGAAAAGCCAAUCAGGAUGUAGAUUUCAUGUUUGUGCUUCCAUUUCGAGAGCUAAACUUAAUUAAAGAUCAACAGUACAGUCUUCAUAGACUUCUGAUAAACUUUUAUCCUGAACUUCAAGAUCUGGACUCUAAGAUUUAUGAUGAAUGUAAAGUUGUCUUCAUCUUUGACGGUCUGGAUGAAAGCAGAAUUACACUGAUGUUUUCACACAGACAGAAAGUUUCUGAUGUUACUGAGAUUUCAUCAGUGGGUGUGCUGAUAACAAACCUCAUCAAAGGAGAUCUUCUUCCAUCCUCUCACAUCUGGAUCACCUCCAGACCAGCUGCAGCCAGUCAGAUCCCCUCCAAAUACAACAACCGCCUGACAGAAAUUCAGGGAUUCAAUGAUUCUCAGAAGGAGGAAUAUUUCAAGAAAAGAAUCAGUGAUGAAAUUCAAGCCAGCAGGAUCAUUUCACAUAUUAAAAGAGCAAGAAGCCUCCACAUCAUGUGCCACAUACCCAUCUUCUGCUGGAUCUCAUCCACUGUGCUUCAAAACAUCCUGAUACACAAUGACAGUGCAGAAGUCCCUAAAACUGUCACUGAAAUGUACAUACAUUUCUUGCUCAUUCAAAUUAAUACAAAGAAUCAGAAGUAUGAGGAGGACAAUCCAGAGAACCUCCUUAAGUCAAACAGAGAAAUGAUUGUGAAACUUGCUAAACUGGCUUUCAAACAGCUAAUGAAGGGCAAUGUGAUAUUCUGUGAGGAGGACCUGAGAGAGAGUGGCAUAGACGUCACUGAUGCCACAGUGUAUUCUGGGAUUUGCACUGAGAUCUUUAAGGAGGAAUUUGUGAUUCAUCAGAGAAAAGUCUAUAGCUUCAUACAUCUGAGCUUUCAGGAGUUUCUUGCUGCUUACUUUGUGUUUUAUUCAUAUAUCACUAAGAACAUGCAAACAUUGAACACUUUUGAAUGGUCAAGCUUUAGGAAGAUCUCACUUUCUGAGCUACUACUAUCAGCAGUUGACCAAACCCUGUUGAGUAAAGAUGGUCACCUGGAUCUCUUUCUGCAGUUCCUGCUGGGUGUCUCAUUGGAGGCCAAUCAGAGGCUUCUACAGGUUCUUCUAACACACUCAGAGAACAGCUCAGAUAGCAUCAGGAACACCACUCAGUACAUUAAAAACAUAAUCAGAGCUAAUGAUGAUUUAUCAGCUGACAGAUCCAUCAAUCUGCUCCUCUGUCUGGUGGAAGUGAAUGAUCUAACUCUUUACAAAGAGAUUCAGGGCUUUGUAAAAACAGACAAAUUCUCAAAGUAUAAACUAUCUGCUGCUCACUGCUCAGCAAUAGCUUACAUACUUCAGAUGUCAGAGAAGGUGCUGGAGGAGCUUGACCUUAAGAAAUACAACACAACAGAUGAAGGUAGAAGAAGAUUGAUACCAGUUUUGAACAACUGCAGAAAAGCUAUAUUGGACAACUGUAAUCUCACUGAUCAAUCCUGCAAAGACUUGGCCUCCACUCUACAAUCAUCAAGCUCUUUACUUAGAGAGCUGGAUCUGAGUAAUAAUGAUCUGCAUGAUUCAGGAGUGAAACUGCUAUGUGUUGGACUGAAGAAUCCAAACUGCACACUGGAGAUAUUGAGAUUAUCUGGCUGUAUGGUGACCAAGGAAGGCUGUUAUUAUCUGGCUUCAGCUCUAAGGCCAAACCCCUCACACCUGAGAGAACUGGAUCUGAGCUACAAUCACCCCGGAGACUCAGGAGUGAAUCUGCUCUCUAAUCUACUUAAGGACCAACACUGUAAACUGGAGAAACUCAAUGUGGAUCAUGCCGAAAAGAUCAUGAUUACAGCAGGACUACACAAGUAUGCCUGUGAUCUCACACUGGAUCCAAGCACAGUAAACAUUCAUCUCUGUCUGUCUGAGGACAACAGAAAGGUGACACGUUUGGAUGAGCAGCAGUCAUAUCCUGAUCAUCCACAGAGGUUUGAUUUCUUUCCUCAGGUUAUGUGCAGAGAGAGUCUGUCGGGACGCUGCUACUGGGAGGUUGAAUGAGCGGGUGGAGGGGGGGUUGUUAUAUCAGUGGCACAUAAAGAAAUGAGCAGGAAAGGAGGAAGUGACGACUGCAGAUUUGGGUUCAAUGAAAAGUCCUGGAGCCUUGAUUGUUCUUACGAGAGAUUCACUUUCUGGCACAAUAAACAUAGCACUGACAUACCUUCCCUAUACUUCUCUAAAAAAGUCGGAGUGUAUCUGGACUGCCAGGAUGGCACUCUCUCCUUCUACAGCAUCUCUGACACACACACACUCACACACUUACACACAUUUCACUCUACAUUCACUGAACCACUCUGUGCUGGAUUUAGGGUUUUUAUUGACUCUUUAGUGUCUCUGCGUUAGAUUAACCUUUUCACUGGUGAGUUUAAAAUAUUCUAUCUGACCCUCCAGAGUGAGUUUUUUUUAGGCAACCAUUAUUUUAGAACGUUCCCUUUAUUGUUUCCAUGACAACGUGUCAUGAUUGUCACGUGACACUGCAGCCACUAUAGUGCUGUAUGACAGACGUAUCGCUUUUAUUUUGUUUUUCCUUUUGUUUAUUCAAAAUAUUCACACACUUGCUUACCAUGUCUUCAACUAUCUGAUAUUCCGAUUCACAAAUAUAUGUA